ACUUUUAAAAGUUAAGCAAUUAAGUGCUGAAAAGCAGAUUGAAUAUUGGGAUACUGAUAUUAGACGGGUUAAAGUCUUAGGUAAUAAGUUGGUUGACAAAAGAAAACUAGCGGAAGUGCUUAACCGCACAAGAGUAGGGAUAGUGAGUUUUUAUCUGCCUUGUCCGGGUUGCCAAAGAAAACAAACUCUUUAUUACGCUUAUCGGUUAGGGAAAUUUGUUUGUGAAAAUAAGGGUUCUUGUAAUCUUUCUAUUCUCUACUCUGUCAAAGGUUUAGCCAGAUUAGAAACAAAAUAUAAAACCUUAUUUGCCAAACAAAAUAAAGAAACCUUAACCAAGAUUAACCGCCAAAUA